AUGACCAUCUACAUUUCUAGUUAUAGAGCGCUGAACCUCUUGUAUCAAAGGUAUCACAGAUCUGAUGUGCUUCAUAUGGCUGGUCGACAAGCUUCGUUUUUUACCACGCUUUUUUUCAUUUCUCUUGUGUUCCGUGACAUUGCCAGUCAACAAUGCCACGGAAUAUACUCGAUUUAUCAAAUGAUGCUUAAAGGCCAUACCUAUAAGACGUUCAAGACAACACCAGGCACGCUGAAAUGCAGAGACAUUUGUCUCGCUGAUGACAAAUGUCAAAGCUAUAAUGUCGUCAUGUUCAUUGCAAUAUGUGAGUUAAACAACCGGACUAAAGAGGCCAGACCAGAGGACUUUGUCAAGGACGAGUACAGAUAUUACAUGGCGAAAGGUCCAAAACGAGUUCCCCUGGGAUCAAUCCGUGAGCUGCCUGCUCAAUCGUGCAAGGAAAUCAAGGCGAGUGAAGGAGGACAAGCAGUUAGCGGUAAUUAUUGGCUGGAUUCUACAAGAUCUGGGAACUCUAUUUUAGCUCGUUGCGACAUGAGGACAAAAGUUGCAGACUUUUGUGUCAAGCACCAAUGCCAAAACGAUGCAAAGUGUGUGAACCGUGAAACCAACUACUCGUGCGCAUGUAACUCAUCUGGUUGGACAGGAAAAUAUUGCGAAAAAGAUAUCAACGAAUGUAAGGAAGGCUUGCAUGGUUGCCAUGUCAAUGCCAUUUGUAGCAACACUGGGGGAUCCUACAACUGUACAUGCAAACCGGGAUUUAUUGGAGACGGACAAAACAGCUGCAAAGAAUGUGGGCCUGUUGGUGUGACAGACAAUAAUACAAUUCCAGAUGUCAAAAUGACAGCGAGCAGUUUUUACAAUAGUUAUCAGUAUCCAUACUACGGCCGACUGAACGAAACCAGGGGAGCAGGAGGGUGGUGUCCGAAGAAUAUAUCUGAUAGAACAGAAUAUCUUCAAGUUGAUAUGGGCGAAGUGCGUUCUGUUUGUGGUGUGGCCACACAAGGAGUACUGCGUUUGACUGAAUGGACCAUCAGCUACAAACUACGAUUCUCUACAGACGGUAUAACUUGGAGCACUUACAGGGAAACGAAUUUCGAAAAGGUUUUCCCAGGAAACUCAGACCAACACAGCGUCGUAAAGCAUUUCCUCACUACUGACGUCAUGGCCAGAUACGUUCGGUUUUAUCCCGUCACGUACCACAAUUUUCCAUGUUUGAGAGCUGAAAUAUUUGUGCGAAAAUGAUGGCAAUUAUCGAUUCUUUCUUUUUUGAACAAUUUAAAUGUAGAUAAAAAAUAACAAACAAUGCGAACUGUCGAUGCUCAAGCCAAGCCUGUCAAUAUUCAGUGUGAAUUGUGAAAUAACCUGAUCACCAACAGAAUAUGCCGUUACAUAGUUACAUAUAAAAGUUUCUUUUUCGACCACUUUUCAAAAAUUUCAAACUGUGAGGAGUCCUUAUUGCUUUGGUUUUUAUCGAAGAAGUUUCUUUACUAUUUUACUCUAUAUGUUUUAUUUUUGCAAACUUCCAGAAGUUUAUGUUCCAAUGCCAAAGCUGACAUCAUGAUAAUCACAACGGGAUCUUAAGGCUGUUUUGUAAUAUAGAAACAAGAAGAUUGAAUAACUUUAGUUCAAUAUCCCGGGAUAACAGGACUGAGUCAGCCUUAAUAGCUUAUUCUCCACUGUUAUGUCUACCCAGCUGUAAUCAAUUUAGAACAAAACAAACAGUUUAUUCACCCGAAAAGAAAAGCUUACAACAAGCUUAUAUAUGGUGGCCCCUAAACCUAUCUCCUCCUUUUCAGUUGAAGCAUGAUAUAAAAAUGCGCGAAAUGAGUUGGUCAGGGACCUGGAUCUAGAUUCCCCGUUCUAGCAACCUGUUCAUCAAGUCAAACUCAACAGUGUCAGCCUUAUCUCUUUACACCCUAAGUAUGACCAGCAUCUAAUCACUCCUUACAGUUAUACUGCUGAA